GUUUUAUAGUUUCCCGCUCUUUUUCGUUUUCCAAAGUGGGCCGAAGCAACGCACCCUCGAGCAGUACUUCUUGCGUAUUAAACAAGCGGCCAAGUCGUCAAAUCCGUUGGGUGAUUAUGGUGGGGCUUAUUCAGUAUUUCUAGAACUGAAGUUGACUCGUUCCGAUAAAUGAGUCAAGUCACAUCAUCAUUAUAAUUCUUCAUCAAGGCUACAAAUGGGUCGAAAGUGUUGCGUUCCUCAGUGCCAUGGAGGAUACGCGCUCAAAAAAAGUGAACUGGGGUCGGCCGUGUCUUCAGAAGGUGGAACGCGGCUUUCUUUCCACGCCUUUCCCCAAGAUCCAUCAAUGAGGGACAAGUGGAUCAGAGUCAUUCCUCGCAAACACUAGACACCUUCAGAGAAUUCAUUUGUAUGUAGCCAGCACUUUAUCGAAGAAGAUUUCAGAACCGAAAGGUCUGAUGUCAAUAAGACCAGAUCAGGACAGAGAGGACAAGUCAGAAAAAGCAUGCUCAAGCAGAAGGCGUUCCCUUCAAAAUUUCCAGGUUUGUCAACGUAUCUCUCAAAGGCCGUCCCAAAAGAACGUAAGAGUGAGACGGGAUUUCAAAAGCGAUUUGAAAACACCGUAUCCCGUCACAAUGAACAGACACAAACAUUCUUCAAAGCUCACAAUAUCGAAUGCUUUGAAGAGAUCCUGGACAAAUUGGCGAGGGAAAUCCUUCCUCAAGGAGUGGUCACCCUCUUUAAGAAUGAUGAAGAGCUCAUCCUUGGGAAGGUCGUCAGGGACCAUGAGGGUACACCCGAAAUACAGUUCUCCAUUGUGAUUCAACAAGAUCUGUCGUUCCAAUUGUUUAACGGAAGAUCCUCUCUCUCGCUUAACGCCGUCAAACACAUUCAAGUGGGAAACCAGAUCAAAAAUGUUAAUGUCUUGGUUAACAUCCUUGCGUUCAUGAAGAGUAUGUCGGAAAAAGAUAAUUACGAUCAUGACCAAAUCCAUGCUUUACUGAACCAAUUGAAGAACGAAAUCAACAAAAAUAAUGAAGAUUCAUGCCUUCAAAAACAAUUGUUUGCUCUAGAACAAUUGCAACUUGCACCCAAAUCCACCAAACAAAAAAGGUAUUCUCCGGGUCUUACUGCUCUGGCUGUGCUAUGGUUCAAAACAAGCCCUUGCUUGUACAAGCAAUUACGAAACGAAGGCAUCCUCUCGCUUCCUAGUAUUAAACAUGUUCAAAGAUUGUCUCGUGCCCUUCGAGUGGAAUCCGGAGUGUCUGACGCAACUGUGAAAUAUCUUGAACAAAGAGCAAUCAAUCUCAGUCCCAGAGAAAAAUGUGUCAUCUUGAUCAUGGACGAAAUGAAUGUUGCUCAAAAGCUGGAAUAUUUCAAUGGAAGAUAUUAUGGGCAACAAGAAGGCGAAUUCACAAAAACUCUUUUGGGUUUAAUGAUCAAAUCUCUUGGAGGCAAAUAUUCGGACAUGGUUGCUCUUACUGAGAUAUCGAAGUUAAAUGCAGCAAAACUUAAAGUGGAGUUCAUGCGAGUUAUGCAAGCCGUUACUAAUUGCGGAUUUGAUGUGGUAGCCACGAGUGUGGAUGGUCACAUCAUCAACGUCAAGUUCUACAAGGACAUUUGCAAGGGCGACUUGAAAUUAUCUAUAGCGCAUCCAGUCUCCGAAGAAGUAAACGCUAAGUUAUUUCUCCUCUUUGACAGCGUGCAUAUUUUCAAAAAUGUACUGAACAAUUUCAUCAACGCUCGAGAGUUUCAUCUUCCUCCAUUUGAUGCCAGGGAAAUUGGGGUAGCUAAAUUUAGUCACCUAGAAGAGUUGUACCAAGUUGAAUGUGGAAAACCUCUAAAAAUGGCCUACAAAUUGUCGGAAACCUGCUUACAUCCUAGUUCUUUGGAAAGGACUAACGUGAAAUUCGCUGAUGCCAUUUUCCAUGAAUCAACAGUGGGUGCUCUCAGAUUUUACGGAAUGUUGGACAAGCCUGCUUGGUUGUCCACGGCGGCUUUCCUAGAAAUCAUCCGAAGAUGGUUCGACAUCGUUAAUGUCAAAACAAUGAGUAAAGGGUAUAAAAAGAAAAGUGAAUUCAUGAUGCCCGUCAGCAAAACCACUCAGCAUCAGCUACAAUAUCUGAAAAAGUUUGCGGAUUGGUUGGAAGUGUGGGGUAAUAUGUCCGAGAAAUCCCUGACUCCCCAAACCAAAUUAGCUGCGCGGCAAGUCUCAGCUACCACGGGCUUGCAGAGCUCUCUACAUUUCUCUUGA